AUGGCGGCUUCUGAGAGUCGGAAAGGUGCUUCGUCUUCUUCUUCUGACCCUCCACAGCCGCCGCCGAGGACUUACGGAAUCACGAAGCCGAUUUUUCUCUCCGGGCCGUCCAAGUCUGAUCUUCACCGAAAUGUCGAACUCGAAAAGUUCUUGGUUGAUUCGGGGCUUUAUGAGAGCAAAGAGGAGACUGCGAAAAGAGAAGAGGUUCUCGGCCGCAUUGGCCAGAUUGUGAAAGACUGGGUGAAGCAAUUGACACGCCAGAGAGGCUACAGUGAUCAGAUGGUGGAGGAUGCAAAUGCUGUCAUUUUCACUUUUGGAUCAUAUCGACUUGGGGUUCAUGGGCCUGGAGCUGAUAUAGAUACUCUCUGUGUUGGGCCGACAUAUGUGAAUCGAGAGGAGGAUUUUUUCAUUAUUUUGCAUGACAUCCUGUGUGAAAUGGAAGAGGUGACAGAACUUCAACGAGUUCCUAAUGCUCAUGUCCCAGUCAUGAAAUUCAAGUUUCAGGGCAUAUCAAUUGAUCUUUUAUAUGCAAGCAUAUCUCUCUUGGUUGUCCCGGAGGAUCUGGACAUCUCAGAUGAAUCUGUGCUAUAUGAUGUUGACGAGCAAACAGUUCGAAGUUUGAAUGGCUGCAGGGUUGCAGAUCAAAUUCUUAAGCUUGUUCCAAAUGUUGAGCACUUCCGCACGACACUCAGGUGUUUAAAAUUCUGGGGCAAAAGGCGCGGUGUUUAUUCUAAUGUUACUGGAUUCCUUGGUGGUGUAAAUUGGGCUAUCUUAGUUGCUCGGAUAUGUCAGCUUUAUCCCAAUGCAAAUCCUAGUAUGUUGGUUUCUCGAUUCUUCAGAGUGUAUACUCAGUGGCGUUGGCCAAAUCCUGUACUUCUUUGUUCAAUAGAAGAGAACGAACUUGGGUUACCUAUAUGGGAUCCUCGUAAAAACCCUCAGGAUCGCUUUCAUCAUAUGCCAAUAAUAACUCCUGCCUACCCAUGUAUGAACUCUAGUUACAAUGUCUCAGUAAGUACUCUACGUGUUAUAACAGAGCAGUUCCACCAUGGUAAUAGGAUAUGUGAGGAGAUUGAGCUGAAGAAAAGCCAGUGGAGCGCUCUUUUUGAACCUUAUAUUUUCUUCGAGGCAUACAAAAACUAUCUACAGGUGGAUAUUGUAGCAGCCGAUGAUGAUGAUUUGUUGGCAUGGAAGGGGUGGGUGGAAUCUCGUCUUAGACAGCUCACCUUGAAGAUUGAGCGAGACACAAAUGGAAUGCUUCAGUGCCAUCCAUAUCCAAAAGAGUAUAUAGACGCAUCCAAGCCAUGUGCACAUUGUGCUUUCUUUAUGGGUUUGCAGAGGAAAGAAGGAGUAAAGGGUCAAGAAGGUCAGCAAUUUGAUAUACGUGGAACAGUUGAUGAGUUCAGGCUUGAUGUAAACAUGUAUGAUUUUUGGAAACAUGGGAUGGAUAUGUAUGUUUGUCAUGUUCGCCGGAAGCAGCUUCCUUCCUUUGUCUUCCCCGAUGGGUAUAAACGGCCUCGAUUAUCAAGACAUGGUAGCCAGCAAGAUGAAGGUACUUAUGAAGAACGUUGUGGGUCUAAUGAAAGACGUAUCAGGAGGAAAAGUAAUCCUAUAGAGGAUACGAGGCCAACUGAACUAGGAAAGCAGACCUCUAUUAGCCCACUACGGGUGGAGUCUGUAUCCCCAGAAAGUAUUGCAGGUAGAUCUGGUGGAACACGUAAUACUAGCUUGAGUAAUGGUAGUAGGUUAGAGGGUCCACCAACUGGAGUUGCAGACAUCAAUUCUGGUGGACAAUUGGAGAGUGUAAAGGGUACCAUCGUACCUGUGGGGUCAGUUGAAAAUGUUGUGCGGGAGUCCAUUGCUGAAAAUGAGUCAACAGCUAUAUGUGCUUCUGAAUUCCCUAGCGUGUGGAAUGGGGUAAAGCCUUCACAACAGGGUAAGGAGUUGGUACAUCCAUCUGCUGUAUCUUUCUCGGAAUCCAAGGAAACAUGCGAGAUUGAAAUAAAUGGGGACAGAGUUGGAAAUGUGGUUUUGGUGGACAUGAAGAAUAUGGGGACCAAUUCUACUGGUAGUAUUCUGAAUUGGACCGAGGGUGUCAUUGAUGUUGACCAAGAAAUAGUCAAACCAUGCAGUCAGAUUAUGGGUGGGGACAAUGCUGAAGGUGUAUUAGGAACAACUUCCAGCAAUCGGAACCUCAAUUGCGAGGAUGAUGUUCUUUCGUCAGGAGUGGAGUUUUUUUGGAAAAGUGGCACCUGAAGUCUGCAAGGCGUACUUUAAAACGCCUGAUCAGAAGAGCUGGAGGUUUUGAACAUAAACUCUUCUAUAUAUACUUUGUUCUCUCUUGUUUGCUUCUCUACUUCUCUCUUACUCUCGCACAUAAUCUUUUGUUUUGUUUUUUCCUAUUCUCUCUUUUUGCGUUAACUGCUUGGCCAAACUCUUUUCCUUCACAUGCUAAUAUAUAUUUUUUUUCCUGUUUAUAUUAGAUUCAGAUAUUUGAUAAUGAUUUUUUUUCCUUUUUCUUUAUUUCCCCCCACUGAACAGACAAUGUGUUUACUGGUGCAUAUUGUGGUGGCAGGUCCUGCACCACUAUAAGCGCUUUGUUUCCAGUAACUAUGCUUAGACCUUACUAUCUUUCAUAUCUCAUUCAUUUUCCAUUUUAUUUCCAUCUCUUCUACACAGUAGAUCUUGGGAACCUGAGCUUUUCUAAUCCUUGAUUUUCUGUUGUAUAGCCUCUAAUUGCAAAUGCUGUCAAUUUGGAAGCUGGCGCUAGGUCAGAAUCUAUGCAAUAGCCAACAAUAUGGCCUGCUUUGAAACUCUUUAUUCUAUUAAGCAAAUCAUUAUAUCUUUAUUCUGUUCUGUUUUUGUUGUGUGGCCUUUCUGUAACAGGUUUAAUCUGAAAUCAAAGGAAUGACAUAGACGAGGCGAGUUGUUGAAGACGGAAUCUCACUGCUAUUAGAAAAAGAGCCAGCACAAUGGUAAGUGCCGCAUAACUGCUGGCUUUCAUUAUGGCCUAGGUGGGCACAUGUGAAAUGUCAAGCCUAUUGCCUGGGAAGGUUCAGCAAUGCAAAUCGCACAGCGGGGUGAUCAAGUGCCUUGGAAUUUUGAAGCUGGUGGCGAGACAUUGUGCACCAUGAAUUUCAGUGAGUAUGUUGGUGCUUUGGAAACUUAAGGACCUUAUGUGAGGCAACUUGGUCAGGGUGGGAAGGAAGGUCUGCUGCUCGGCCUUGAUCAAAGCUUUUUCUGGGAAAGAGGUUCCCACAAGACUCAUAAGGACCCUGUUACGAGGUAACUCAAUGGUGUGGGGAAGGUAGUUCUACAGCUCUGUCUGCGUAUGGACGUCUUCGGGCAAAUAGGUUCUACAAAAAUUUGGGGUGCGAGCGGUUACUUUCUCAUUUUCCCCAUGUAUAGCACUCUCCUAACUUAUUUACUUUGUAGUUUGUACACCCAAACCUUUGUUAUACAGUUUAUUAUACAAGUUAACUUUUGCCA